GUGGCCAGCUGGGCCGCUCUUUCCACAAUGGCUUUGCAGUUGUGAGAGGAAACGUCGGGAACAGUCUCCGCAAAGUGAAGAAACACAAAAAAAGGGAAGUAAAGAGACUUUUCCCAAGAUCAAAGAUCAAGGUGAUGACCUCCUCAGGAAUGUACAAGCUGGAUGAUGGGAAGCCUUACCUGAACAACUGCUUUCCAGCCAAAAAUCUGCUUCGGAAACCGGAGGAAGGCCGAGGACACUGGUUAGUGGCUCGGAAAACCCCCAAGAAGAAGCCCAAGGGAAGUGCGGUUGAGGCACCACCUGAAGGUCAGAAAAGCCAGAAGGUUUCUUCUGAGACCAAAGGGAAGAAAAGGUCUCCAUGGAAAAACCAAGCAGACAUUCCUGGACACGUGCUGGACCAGGAUUUUCUGCUGAAGCACCACUGUGUGAGGAGCCCGUCAGAACUGUGCACCAUUAACGUGAGCGGCCUGAAGUUCUCUAAGGCUAAGGAAAAGGACUUCAAGCAUUUUAAUUCCGUGAUUUACAUCAAUGCCUCAGAAAACUUGCUACCUCUAGAGGCAUUUCACACGUUUCCAGCCUUAAGGGAACUGGAGCUUGCGUUUAACGGCAUCAAAACAAUCUACGUGAAACAUGGAGACUUUAACUUCUUGGAAUUCCUGGACCUUUCCUUCAACAGCCUGAAUCCGGAGGCCAUCUGUGACCUUGGGAUUCUGCCACGCCUCCGUGUCUUGCUCCUCACAGGCAAUGGGCUUACCUUCUUGCCAAUGAAUUUGGCUGUCACAGAGGAGGAGACAUCUGUAACAUCGCUGACAAGCAAGAAGUACAUCCUGAGGUUCCCAGCACUGGAGACACUGAUGCUGGAUGACAACAAACUCUCCAACCCCAAUUGCUUUGCCAGCCUGGCUGGGCUCAGGAGACUAAAGAAGUUAAGCCUGGACCAAAACAAGAUUUUCCGGAUCCCGUACCUACAGCAGGUUCAGCUCCGCAACGGGUCGGGGGAUUGGGUUGGAGACAGAGGGAGUCCUCGGAGAGGGCCCCCAUCCGUUCUGCAGCCCAAAUCAUGGGUAUUUGAGGCCUCAGAUGAACAUCCGGAUUAUACCAUACUGCCCAUGAAAAAGGAUGAUGACCGAACAGAGGUUGUGUUCUCACCUUACCCUGGAUUCUCAACCUCAGAGACACCCAAGGUAUGUGCACUUCCUCCCAUAUUUGAGAUUCUUCCCGUGAAGUUACUGAAGGCCAGGAACCAGACGCUGGCCCCACCCUUCCCAGAGCUGAGGUGCCUUAGCCUGGCCUACAACAAGAUUGCGAAGGAAGAUGCCAUCCUGCCAGUAGCUCUCUUCCCAUCACUCUGUGAGCUCGUCUUUCAUAACAACCCUCUAGUGGCCCACAGACGAGGGGUCCCUCCUCUGCUAAAAAGCUUCCUCCAGGAGCGGCUGGGAAUCCACUUAAUUCGAAGGAAGACAUCAAAGGCUAAACAUCAUAUUUUUAUGCCUCGGAAGGCCUCAAGGAAGGUACAAACCCAGGUUCCGAAGGUGCCAAAGCAGCCUCUGGUGCUCCAUCAGCCACCUGAUACCACAACGGAGUCUCCCUCGGAGGAGACAUUGGAGUCACAGCUGCUUGAGGUGCUGCCGAAUGCCAAAGACUCUCCUGUGAAGCCAACGAUGGCCAUUGAGGGCCUGGAGGGCCUUUCCCUGCAUCGCCGGCCCUUCGUGCCACUUCCUCCCAUCUGCUCUGACUCCACCGUGCAUACUGAGGAGACCACGUCUCGCCCGAGUGACACUGCUGGCCACCUCAGCCCAGAGCACCCAUCAGAUGAGGAUACCAGGAGCACAGAGUCCAUCUUCUUGACGCAGGUGAGUGGGCUGUCUUACUCCCUCCUCCAUAGGGAUGAGUCAGAGGUGGAUAAAGACCAAAGACCAUCACCACCAGCCUCAGCUCCCAGAGAGGUGAAAAAGACUCGGAGGAAGCUUUCAUCUGCCACACUCUCCAGCAAGUACCGUGGCUAUGAGGAGCUGCUGACAGCCAAGCCUGACCCGGACUUCAUUGAGCCAAAGGGAAUCCAGAAGAAUGCACAGGCCCUGCAGCACAUGCUGAAGCACCCACUCCUGUACGCCUCCUCCAGGCCCAAGCUGGGCACUCCUCAGAAACACUACGUCCCCAAGGAGAAACGGAGGAUCCCCGUUCCACCUCCACGGAAGACUCGAGCCCAGAUGCUGGAUGACAUCCUCAUUCGCAUGCGGGACUCCCGGAACCUUACAGAGGCUCCGCUAGGAGCUGUCCUGCGCCAGCGGACGGAGCGGCGGGGGCUGGUGAACCAGAAGCAGUACCUGGAGGCCAAGCGGCUGCUGAAGGAGUUUCAGGCGCGCUACCGGGAGAUGGUGCGCUGCUCGCUGAGGUCGGUGUUCAGGGCCCCGGCCCUGGCCCACCCGGCCCUGAGCGGCCCCAAGUUAAGCCGCUUCCUCCAGUUCGUGGAUGAGUUCUACCCGGAGCCCACAGCCAGUGACUCAAAAGGCUAGAGCUGCAUACAGGGCCAUGGGCGCCACCCGGCCUGUGCCCCUCGCCCUGCGCCUCUCGCCCUCCCUGAGGGCUCCGUUUCCCUUGAUGGAGCUGGAACCUUGGGGCUGGCUCGGCUGGGCACAGGCCUCAGAGCUAAGCCCAGCCUUGCUGGCUGGCUGGCUGGCUACAGAGGGCGGAGCUCCCCUUCCCAGGCCCGGCAGGAUCCGGCGCCUGGCCCAGCAGCAAUAAAGACUGGGUGUGCAGA